UAUAUUAUAGAUUAUAUAAUCUAACAAACAUAUGAAUUAUUAAGGAGUCAUGUCAUAAGUUAUAGGUAUUGAUUCGCUCAUAAGUAACUAGUCGAAUUGGCUCGCUAAUUAUAUUAUCGAGCCGGCUCAUUAGUUGAACUCAACGAGCCCUGAAUCGAGCUACCUCACCAGCUUCAUGACCCGAACAAGGAUGGGCUCGUGCUUAAUUCUUUUAUUAACGAGACGAGUUAUGAAUGUGCUUUUUUCGAGUCGAGCGUCGCUCAUGAACAGGUUGACUAGUAAUUGCACUCAACAUCAAAAUGUAAACGGAGAAACCGAUUACGGGGUCGUUUGGUAAGCACGUAAUGUAGAAUUCAUGUAUUUGAAGAACUCAUGUAUAUUGAAGGUUGAGUUGUGAGAACUUGUGUAAUAUAAAAAUGCAUUGUUUGGCUUGCAUGAGUUCAUAGUAGAACUCACAUAAUUUGGCAUGAAAUUUCAAAUACUUUGGGUUUCAUGGUCACAUGAAUUCUAGAAUUACACGGUGCACCAAUAUCAUGAUAUCUGCUAAAAAAUGAAACAAGAAAAACAGUGAAAUCUCACAUAUCAUGUAAUCUUGAAAUAUGUGGGCCAAUUUAACCGGACCGGACCAUAUAGUCACCCCUAGAGGAUGACACCAUUAAUUGUAUUUUUUACAAGUUUUAUAUUAAUACUGUGUGAUGUACGAAAUCAACUCGUACUACUCAAUAUGGUUGGUAAACAAAGGUCGACUUUUUUAGCAUUGUACAGAAUAGAAAACUGUGGCCUCCACAGGUGUGCCAACUUACUUAUAAAGAGCUUUUUGAAUGGAAUUCGUGCCCGAGGCACCCACCUCCCCUGCCUUCCCUGCCCACUCAGCUCAGGGGAUCCCAGUCUCAUACGAAUCCACCGCCAAGUAAUCAUUCUUUGGUGAUUCACUGUGAUGAGUCGUUCAUUAGCGACUCCUAGCCGACGACAUAUGGUGUUAUGGUUGUUAACCACCAUGAACAAGUGUGUGAUGGGCUAGCUGAGGAUCUUUUUGUUCUAUCCCGAUUGAAGCAGAAACUAAAGCCCUUCUUGAAGGAGUGAAAUUAGCUCAAGAAUAUGGAUCCGAGUGUACGGUCCAGUCCGACUGUCAGGUGCUAGCGAAAGCCUUGGAGUACGAUCGCUCUCGUUGGCCAUGGAAAUGUGCAGCAUGGAUCGGUUCGAUUAUCGCAAUCCUUAGGACAAGCCCUCUCAUCAAAAUCAAAGAAGUGCCCCGAGCACUAAAUGUCAUAGUUGAUUGGGUGGCACGAUCAAAAGCUAGAGCAACGCUUCCUGAUGAUUGGAUUAAUAUUCUUAACCUCAUUUCUGAUCUUCUUUAAAAGUUGUAACCAAGUUACUCGUCUUUCAGUUGAUUUAGUGGAUUUUGUAAUCACAACUUGCAGUAGAUAGAGAAGUAUAUAGUGCUAGUCUGCCAGAACAUGCUACAGUACAAUAAAUCAAUAAUACAAUCAUUCAUAUUCAGAACCAAUCUUCAACCAAGUCUUUCGAUUCUAGCCCAAAAGUCAAAUAUACAAGAAAACCCACACAUUUCCAAUCGGAUAAAACAGUACAUAACUUUUAUGUCAAUGAUUGGCAUUGAAGCACUCUAUUAAUAAGAGUUGUUUUUGGUUUCAUUUACAAAAAGACUCAUCCUCUUUCUUGAUUAUGUAUGAUCCUUUGAGACUGAGAUCGAGUUAGUGGGUCAGCUCAAAUCAGUCAACACAUUUAUUUUUUUGAAAAUUACAUUUGAUAUUUUUUAUUUUACAAUUUCGUAAAUUUUAUGAACAGGUAAAAAAACAUUUGAUGUUAAAAUUAGUUUUAGUACAUUUAUAUAUUUUUUUAUCUUGCUUUAUAGUGUCUAAACUUUACAGACAUAUAUGAUGUGUUGGUAUGGAAAAUUUUCAUAUCACUAAUUAAAAUAGCUUGCAGUGGCAAAAAGUGACUCGACACUAAGUCGAUCCGAUCGUAAACAGAUCCUGUAGAAAAAUUUACCCAACCCAACUCAACCCAACCCAACCCUUAGGAUCCGGUCAAACCGGGCAGAGUAAUUAUCCAGUGUCAUGCUUACAUCCUCCCACCAAACCUUUCUAUUCUUGCCAAAAAUCAAGCACACCCAUUAAUUUCCUGUCGGAAUAAACAGUUUUUUUUUUAAUAUACUUUUAAGUCAACAUUUUAUUUUGUCUAAUUUCUCCCCCUCUUUCCUAGUUGUGGUUUUGGUCAAUGAUUGGCAUUGGUUGUGUUGACAAAUGGGUAGUCUCCUAAGUGCCGCCAUUUGUGUCUUCUCAAUUGUUUAAUUCGGGUGCGAUCACGGGUUAGGCCUAUAAUAAAAAUAUAUUAAUGAGUGUGAGAUGCAUUUGUAUCUUCUCACACCAUCAUAAUUCUACAAUUACCAAUCAAUUGAAGAAAAAAAGCAGAGCUUAUGACUACCUGUUCAUCGGCCAAACCAAAUAGAUUCACAGUAAGACAAACUUUAAAAUGGCACUUGGUCAGUCAAUUCAUGGGGUAAUUUAAUCUAAAUGCUAUUUGCUCGUAAGGGUAUUAGGUCGACAAAAAUGAACAUAUAUACACUCUUGUUCUUGGAUUUGGUUGGUUUCAGAUUGAGUUCAAUUUGGAUAAACUUAUUUAGCCCGGAUCCAAAUGGGUUUAUUAUGUGUUGGAAACUGAUCAGGAACAGUUAGGGUUAUCGAAUCUGGUUGAGUCGCGGACUAGGUCGCUCUCUUUAAGACGUUCGCGGCACUGUCUCGUUAUUCCCACAAUAGACUAUCAGCCGGUCGGUCGCCUCCAGGAUAAAACAAUCAUUCUUAUUUUAUUGCUCAUCGGUUUUGUGCGAAAACCGGAGCUCUAUGAAAUCACUCUCUCUCAUUUUUCUGCUCUUCUGAGGUGUAUUUAGAGGGUCCAGGGGUCUGCUAUUUAUAGGAGCAGAAAAACUAUAAUAUUUUCUCUUUCUUUGGGAAUAAGUCACAUUUUAAUUAGGAAGAUAAUUAUUCCCAUAAUUAAAAUAUAUUAUAUUAAGAUAAUUAAUACUAAUCAUCUCCAUAAUAUUCUUGUUAUUAAUUAUCCUUCAUAUUUUCGUAUAUAGAAAGAAUACUUGAUAAUUAAUUAAAUAUAGCUUUCAAAGCUAUUCAUUCCCAACAUUAUGAACUAGAUGAUUGUACAUGUAAAAAGACAAUAUCGACUAUAUCACUAACUGUCAUCAACCCAAUCCACACAAUCAAUGAUGGUAUUUCACCCUUUGUCCAAUACUGCUUGUUCCAGGGUAAAGAAAAAUUAAAAAAUCGGAUCAUAAUCGAGUAUCCAUUUUGUUUUGGGUACCCAUCACAAUGGAUCUAAUUUAGACCCAAACUAAAAGAUUGAAUGUGAGUAUACUCAAAAGUGAUGUUUACCCAAAAUAUGACUUGACGUAUAGUAAACUGAAUUUGGCGAAUAUCAAAUUGUAGGUCUUUUUUAGCCGUUCUCUACACGAUUGUAUUUCCUUCUACUUGUUACCCCCACUCAUCGAUCUCUCCGAUAUAAACACGAGCUUAUAUCUGUACUAGUCGGUAAUCUCCUUUGUUCCUCACUAACGCCUUCUUAAUUAUUCAAGUUGCGUGGGUGGGAUGAGGCGCAUGAAAAUACAAAUGAAAGUGAGUGUGACAUAUUCGUCACAUCAUCAUAAUUGUACAAUUGCAACCAACUUAUCAAAAAGGCAUAAACACGAACUUAUGUCUACGUUGUUGUAGGGCCAAACUACAAAUAAAUUGGAAAGCUGGACGUUCCAUCUACUCAUUUCCCCACACUACUCGUCUCAAAUUUAUAUAUAUUCACCAAAUCUCAUCAUCGUCAACUACAACCAACUCCAAGCUCCUCUAUCUCAAUAAUCAACCAAGGUUUUGCCGGUGCUUCACCCAAUACAAUCCUCGCCGGCCGGUCAUCAUGGCCACCGUCAACGAUCAUCACCUUACAGCUUCACCAAGCUCCAAAUCCACCACGAAGAAAACCUUUCUCGGUCUCGACAUUGGCGCUCACGAGUUUUACUCAGCUGAGAUGUGGAAGGCUUUAGCGACGGAGCUCGUGGGCUCCACGCUCAUCCUCCUGUCCCUCGCCACCGCCGCCGUCGGCUGCUCGGAGUCGCAGCACUCCGAUCCGAAGCUCACCAUCCCUCUCUUCGUCUUCGCCAUAGCCUUCCUCUUCCUCUACGUCACAAUCCCGAUCUCCGGCGGCUUCCUCAACCCGACUUUCGCCACCAUCGCCGCGCUCAAAGGCGUCGUGACCCUCACGCGCGGCCUCUGCUGCGUGGUCGCCGAGUGUCUGGGUGCUCUGUUGACUUCCGUCCUCCUUCGUUUGACCAUGGCCCACCCGCUGGCCCACAAGUACUCGCUGGCCGGGUGCGUGAUGAACGACGCCGUUUCGAACUCGGGCGUUGGGCAGGGAACGGCGUUUGUGGUUGAGUUCACGACGACGUUUCUUGUUCUCUUCACGGCCGUGACGGUGGCGUUCGACCGGGUUCGGGCCAAGGAAAUCGGGUUGGCGGGUGUGACGGCUGUCAUCGCGACGGCGUAUGCUCUGGCGUCUUUCGUGGGUAUUACAGUGACCGGUCGGGCUGGGUACGGCGGAGCGGGCCUGAAUCCGGCCCGGUGUAUGGCUGCUGCUGUUGUGUACGGAGGCCCGUUGUGGGAUGGGCUCUGGGUUUUCUGGGCUGGGCCGAUUCUGGCUUGUUUUGUUUACUGUGCUUUCAGUCUGACCUUCGCCCAAGAAAGAAUGGUUGUCACGAAGGAAGUUGAAGAGCCAUGUGUGUAACGAUUUCGAUUUGGUAUUUGGUUCAAUGAAUAGGUGUAAUGAUUUAGUAUGUACUGGAUUAUAUAGGAUCAAAUCGAAUUAAAUAUAAUUAGCUUUCAACCCGGCUAUUGGUUGGGAUACUUUAUUGAUUAUAUCAAAUAAUAAUCACAGUUAUAUUCA